AUGGAAGCUCACCACACGCCACAUGAACCCGUCCACGAGGAAAUCCGCUUCCAAGAGCCUCGGAGCGAUAUCAACGAUAUCAGCUCCGUCGCAGGCAACCACCCCAUCCACACUGUACGCUCGCUAUCUGUGGAUCGCCGCCCGUCUCAGGAUAUCCAGCGCAGACCCAGCAUGGUCGCGGCGGGUAUCUCCUCCACGCUGCCCGGCCACAAUGUCAUCGGUCCUGGUCACCGCACCCAGGGGCCACAGAUUCAGUACAUCCUUGUGACGCCCGACAUGCUCGAGCAGAUGCAGCAUGGUCAAACCCUCCCGUCACACACCGUUUGGCCUGGAACAGCGGGCCAAAUCACACCUGGUCAAACGACUGCGCACCCAACACCCAAGAACUCUUCACUUCCUGUACACAAACCAAGCUCGGUGGAGCAUUUUGAGCACCAUCCUGAAAUGGAAAUGGAGCAGGCUGACAUCCGCAUCCCAGCCAACCCAAUCGCCCGCUUGCGCCACAAGUACAAAGACUACAUCGGCGAAUUUAUCGGUACCAUGGUCCUCAUCCUCUUCGGCAACGGUGUCAACUGCCAGGCAGUGCUUAGCGGAUGGACUCAGGGCCAAUACCUCUCAAUCUCAUUCGGCUGGGGCAUCGGUGUCAUGUUCGGCGUGUACGUGUGUGGUGGUGUUAGUGGUGGCCACAUCAAUCCGGCCGUUACCAUCGCCCUGGCAGCAUUCAGAGGCUUCCCAUGGCGCAAAGUUCCUGGAUACUUUCUGGCCCAAACUCUCGGUGCAUGCGUCGGAUCCUGUCUUGUCCAAGGCAAUUACCACGCCCUCUUAAACAAAUUCGAGGGCGGCUACAACGUCCGCACAUUCGGUCUCGAAACCUCAACCGGCGCUCUCUUCUUCACAAACACCCAACCAUACAUGACAAACAUCGGUGCCUUCUUCUCCGAAGUCCUUGCAACAGCCGUCCUCAUGGGCCUCAUCCUCUGCCUGAGUGACCAGAACAACAACCCCAUCCCGAACGGCAUGAACGGCCUCGUCCUCCUCUGGUUGAUUGUCGGUAUUGGUGCUGCCCUGGGAACCGAGACGGCAUACUGCCUUAACCCAGCCCGCGAUCUCGGUCCACGCAUCGCCUGUGCCAUGUUCGGAUACCCGAAAGUGAUCUGGACAUACCGCAAUUGUUACUGGAUAUACACGCCGAUUAUUGCGACUAUUCUUGGCUCGUUGAUCGGUGCGUUUAGCUAUGACCUCUUCAUCUUUUCCGGCGAGGAGAGCCCAAUCAACCAGCCGUGGCGCAAGGAGAAGAGGGAGAAGAGCGGGGUGACGCACGUUUAG